GCUUCUUCACUGUCUGCGAUAACGUCACUCGUAUGUUCUAUCAUUUCAUUGGCCUGGGAGCUUCCGGCUUCUUCCUCUUGGUGCAGUUUCCCAAAACAGGAUUACCGAGUACCGCCCGGUUGUCAACUGUUACGGAUUAGUUUAGCUUGACGCGGACCGCAACAAUGAUGGCGUCUAGCUACAACGCUAAGGAAGAGGACGGACACCACUCGGGAUCUUCAACUCACGGCGGUACGGGGGCUGCGAAAAAUAAAAAACCGGACAAUACAGCGUUCAAACAGCAGAGACUUCCAGCUUGGCAGCCCAUAUUGACUGCGGGUACUGUGCUGCCUGCUUUCUUCGUUAUCGGACUCUUGUUCAUCCCCAUCGGUAUCGGCCUGUAUGUGACUUCAAACAACAUAAAAGAGUACGAGAUUGAUUACACUGGCGUGGAGCCUAACAGUCCUUGCUACGACUGCGCCAAUAGCUUCACCUGGAACAGCACAACAUCAUGCGUCUGCACUGUGAACUUCACGCUGGUGCAGCCAUUCGAGAGCAAUGUCUACAUGUACUAUGGUCUGUCCAACUUCUACCAGAACCACAGACGCUAUGUGAAGUCCAGAGAUGACAGCCAGCUAAAUGGAGUUCAAUCCUCUUUAACGAACCCCAGUAAGGAAUGUGAGCCAUACCGUACAAACCCGGAGACAAAACUGCCCAUAGCUCCAUGUGGAGCCAUAGCAAACAGCCUUUUCAAUGACACCCUGGAGCUGUAUUACAACCACCCCGACGGCAACAUGACAAAAGUUAAUCUGGUAAAGAAAGGCAUUGCUUGGUACACAGAUAAGCAUGUGAAGUUCAGGAAUCCUGGAAAUGAAAAAGAUAACUUCACUGAACGUUUCAAAGGCACAGCUAAGCCAGUGAACUGGAUGAAGCCAGUGUACGAGUUGGACCCGUUAGAUCCUGAAAACAACGGCUUCAUCAAUGAAGACUUCAUCGUGUGGAUGCGCACAGCCGCUCUGCCCACUUUUCGGAAGCUCUAUCGCAUCAUCCAAAAAAAGCCGGACUCAACUCCGACUCUACCCAGUGGCAGAUACUUCUUGAAUGUCACUUACAAUUACCCCGUUCGCAGCUUUGAUGGCCGGAAGCGAAUGAUCCUAAGCACCAUUUCCUGGAUGGGAGGGAAGAACCCCUUCCUGGGCAUCGCCUACAUCACUGUGGGCUCCAUCUGCUUCUUCCUGGGUGUCGUUUUGCUUAUUAUCCACCAUAAAUACGACACCCGCAGCAACAGUGCAGAUAUUCCUAACUAAAUACCUCCUGUGUUGGUCUGCAUGCGCCGAAGUCCCUGUAGGGUCUAUUCUGGACUGCUUGGUUGUUUUAGUUCGGAUACACUGUGAAUGUCUGGUGUGUUUGCACAAUGGCAGGCAUGUCUGAAGCAUCAUAUCUUAGCUCUGUUCACCUCUUCCUCAUCUGUGUGUUUUUUGUGUAAAUAGCUUCAAGCUGGUCAUUGUUCUGUUAUUUAUCUCUACGUCAAAGUUCUUGUUUUACCUUUGUGGUUAUUAUGCAAAUAGUUUAUUUCAAGAAUGUAUGUAUUCUUUAAGGUUUUGGCUUAUAUUCUAUAUUAAAACCAGUCCUGCUGAUGAAUGUAUUAUUUUACUUCUGGUUUUUAAGAUGAUCUUUACUUCAGAAUCAGAUAUUUGUUGCCUGUGUGCUGUAAGUUAUGGUAAACAUUGAAGUCAAAUUAAGUAUUUAAUCUCUGGAAAACAGGUAGCAUAUUCCUGGCAUACUCUCCACUCAAAUUGAUCUAAAUACAUUUAUGCUCUUUGUGCCCGAUGUUCUUUAACUGUAAAAUGCUUAUUGAAUGGAACAUUGAAAUUUCCCAAUAUAGCCAGUAUUCCUAAUUCCUAGAAUGUUGGACCAUGUUUCUGGUUAAUUAUGCCACAAUAAUUUAUAAUUUUAGCCUAGGGUUAAAAUUGUGUAAAAAAAACCUUUAAUGUUGACCAAAUGCUAUGCACUUUACAAGUGUCACAUUUGUUAGUGUAUCCCUUGUUUCAUUAAAUGUUCUGUUACAAUGUUGCUUUAGAACUGUUGAUACAGAAAAUGUUCAUUUAAAUUUGAAAAUCUUGGGUUUUAUAAGGUUUGAAGGGUCCAAAUAAACAACUCUGUCAGUA